AUGGGUCGAAUCGAAGAGAGCAAAGCUGACCUGCCCACCAGCCACCACCCCGAGCAUGCGCGCAAACAGCCUCGGGUGGCCAGGCUGAUUAGGACCUGCGCUUUGGCUCUCGCUCUCGCUCUCUCGUUGGUGACAUUGUUCUACACCGACACGGACCUGUUGAAGCUUGCGUCGCACACUCGGCAUCGCGAUCUGUCUGCUCAUCUGGGUAACACAGCUUGCCCACAGGCUGCGCCGUUCGAGCUUCCAAGCUUUGGUGCAACGCUAGACCAUGCCAACACCACCAACGACAUCAAGUUGCCUUCGAGUGAUGAACUGGCCAAACUACUGUCGGGUGCAGUUCAGGUCGACACUACUGUUGGAGACGACUGGCCGACUGUGAAAGAGGAUCCUGAACGAUGGAGAGCAGUGUUUGCGCCGUUCCACGAUUAUCUCCGCACCGCGUUCCCGUCGAUCUAUGCUGCCGACUCGCCCAUCAAGCUCGAGAAGGUCAACGAGUGGGGCCUCGUGUAUACAUUUCCCGGAUCGAACGAGACUUUGGCACCGUUGUUGCUGAUGGCGCAUCAGGACGUGGUACCUGUAGAACCCGAGACGAUCCCUUCCUGGACGCAUGCGCCCUUUUCUGGCUUUAUCGAUAACGAACACGGACUCGUCUGGGGCCGAGGAGCAGGAGAUUGCAAAGCCACCAUCGUUUCGAUUCUUGCGACGAUCGAAAGUUUGCUCAAGUCGCGCUUCAGGCCUCAACGAACGAUUGUAUGCUCUUUUGGGUUCGACGAAGAAAGUGCUGGUACGCAAGGCGGUGUGGAAUUGGCGAAUUUCCUGCACGAGCGAUACGGCGACGAUGGGGUUGCUAUGAUCGUCGACGAGGGCGGUGAGAUCGAUUUGGAUCUGGGCAUUCCGGUUGCCGCCCCUGCCGUGGCUGAGAAAGGCUAUCUGGACGCUAGAGUGAGCGUCUACACUCCAGGCGGUCACUCUUCGGCUCCUAGCGAUCACACAUCGAUCGGCAUGCUCGCGCAGCUCAUCAGCGCGAUCGAGGCGAAUCCUUAUACUGCCACACUGCAGAUCACAGGAAAACAAGUGAAUCCUGCAUUGCAGUACCUUCAAUGCACACGAGAUGCACCUCGAGCUGAUCGCAAGCUGUCGAAAGCACUCAAGAAGCUUGAAAAGAUGCAGCGUAAGCUCGAAUCUGUGCGGUGGGGGCGGACGUGGAUGGACAAGAAGCUCGACAGCCAAGCCGCCAAAGUACUGUCGCUGAUGGAUCGAUGGCAACGAUUCGGUUUCCAGACCACGCAAGCUGUGGACCUGAUUUCGGGCGGUGUAAAGAUCAACGCUCUGCCUGAACAGGCGACCGCGGUGAUCAACCAUCGUAUUGACGUCACCUCAUCCACUGCGCAAGUCCGCCGCCACAUCUACCGUACUUUGCUGCCCGUGGCGCGAAAGCUCAAGCUUUCCAUUCAAGCCGAUGGUGAAGCGUGGAACUUUAUCUCUGCUUCGCAUAGCGCUCAGCACACAGGCAAGAUCGUUCUCUCGGACGCAUUCGACUCGGCACUCGAACCGGCGCCGUUUACACCAAUCGACGCGCAGGCGCCUCCCUGGCAGCUGCUCCAGAGCGUGAUGCGUCGCGUGUGGAAAGAUUUGCUCGUCGCUCCCGACGUGAUGGGCGGCAACACUGAUACCAAAUCCUAUUGGGCCUUGACCAAACACAUUUUCAGAUUCAGUCCAGGUUCCGACAAACCCUUCCCGAUCAAAGGCGGUCACGAGAACAUCCACACCGUCGACGAACGCGCUACAAUCUACGGCUUGCUCAAAGCGGUCGAGUUUUACAGUCUGCUCAUCCAGGCGGUUGGGUCGCAGACAGAUUUCUAG